AUGAAAGAAAUUUUGCUUUUGGGGAAAUAUUUUCAUUUUUUUCCUGCUCUUUCUCUGUUUGUCUCUAUCUCUCUUUCUCUUUUCUUUCUGCUUCACAUUAUCCUUCUAUCUUCCUUUUUAUCUCCCUUUGUCACGUUCUCUCUCUCUCUCUCUCUAUCUCUCUGUCUGUCUUCAUCUUUUUCUCUCCCCUUUUCUUUGUCUCUCUAUCUCUUUUUCUUUCUUUCUCUUUGGCUUUCUUGCUCUUUCACUUUCUUUUCUGCGUGUCAUCUUUCUUUUUUUCCUCAGUCUCUCUCUCUCUCUCUUUGUCGCUGUGUCUCUUUAUUUCUCCCUCUUUUUUCCCUCUUUUUCUUUUUUCUGUCUGCCGCUCUCUCUCUCUUUUUCUCUUUUUCUCUCUCUCUCUCACUGACUUCCUCUUUUUCUGUUUCUUUAUCGCGCACUUUCUCUCUCUCUCUCUCUCUCUUACUUCCUCUUUCUCUUUCUCUUUCUCUCUCUCUCUCUCUGACUCCUCUUCCUUUUUCUGUUUUCAUCUUUCCCUUUCUCUGUCUCUCUCUAUCUCUGUCUCUCUGUCCCUGUCUCUCUCUGCCUCUCUCUCUCUCUCACUCUCUCUCUCUUUCUAUCUAUCUAUCUAUCUAUCUGCACAACAGUUUCACAUUUUCUCUCUUUCUUUCUUUCUUUCUUUCUUUCUUUCUUUCUUUCUUUCUUCUUCUUCUCGUUGUUGUUGUUGUUGCUCUUCUUCUUCUUCUUCUUCUUCUUCUAUAUGCCAUGUGCCGCCUUCCAUUCAUUCAAGCUCACCAGUCUGGUAUCCUCUUUCCGCCUCACCUGCUAUCUUCUUUCCGCCUUACCUGCUAUCCUCUUUCCGCCGAGUCUGCUAUCCUCUUUCCGCCGAGUCUGGUAUCCUCUUUCCGCCUCACCUGCUAUCCUCUUUCCGCCGAGUCUGGUAUCCUCUUUCCGCCUCACCUGCUAUCCUCUUUCCGGCGAUUCUGGUAUCCUCUUGCCGCCUCGCCUGCUAUCCUCUUUCCGCCUAGCCUGCUAUCCUCUUUCCGCCGAGCCUGUUAUCCUCUUUCCGCCGAGCCUGGUAUCCUCUUUCCGCCUCACCUGCUAUCCUCUUUCCGGCGAUUCUGGUAUCCUCUUGCCGCCUCGCCUGCUAUCUUCUUUCCGCCUCACCUGCUAUCCUCUUUCCGCCGAGCCUGUUAUCCUCUUUCCGCCGAGCCUGGUAUCCUCUUUCCGCCUCGCCUGCUAUCCUCUUUCCGCCUCACCUGCUAUCCUCUUUCCGCCGAGCCUGUUAUCCUCUUUCCGCCGAGCCUGGUAUCCUCUUUCCGCCUCGCCUGCUAUCCUCUUUCCGCCUCACCUGCUAUCCUCUUUCCGCCGAGCCUGUUAUCCUCUUUCCGCCGAGCCUGGUAUCCUCUUUCCGCCUCGCCUGCUAUCCUCUUUCCGCCUCACCUGCUAUCCUCUUUCCGCCGAGCCUGUUAUCCUCUUUCCGCCGAGCCUGGUAUCCUCUUUCCGCCUCGCCUGCUAUCCUCUUUCCGCCUCACCUGCUAUCCUCUUUCCGCCGAGCCUGUUAUCCUCUUUCCGCCUCGCCUGCUAUCCUCUUUUCCGCCUCGCCUGCUAUCCUCUUUCCACCGAUCCCUUUAUCCUCUUUCCGCCGAGCCUGGUAUCCUCUUUCCGCCUCGCCUGCUAUCCUCUUUCCGCCUCACCUGCUAUCCUCUUUCCGCCGAGCCUGUUAUCCUCUUUCCGCCGAGCCUGGUAUCCUCUUUCCGCCUCGCCUGCUAUCCUCUUUCCGCCUCACCUGCUAUCCUCUUUCCGCCGAGCCUGUUAUCCUCUUUCCGCCGAGCCUGGUAUCCUCUUUCCGCCUCGCCUGCUAUCCUCUUUCCGCCUCACCUGCUAUCCUCUUUCCGCCUCACCUGCAAUCCUCUUUUCGCCGAGUCUAGUAUCCACUUUCCACCUCGUCUGCUGUCCUCUUUCCGCCUCGCCUGCUAUCCUCUUUCCACCUCACCUGCUAUCCUCUUUCCGCCUCACCUGCUAUCCUCUUUCCGCCGAGCCUGGUAUCCUCUUUCCGCCUCGCCUGCUAUCCCUCUUUCCGCCUCACCUGCUAUCCUCUUUCCGCCUCACCUGCUAUCCUCUUUCCGCCUCACCUGCUAUCCUCUUUCCGCCGAGCCUGGUAUCCUCUUUCCGCCUCGCCUGCUAUCCUCUUUCCGCCUCACCUGCUAUCCUCUUUCCGCCUCACCUGCAAUCCUCUUUUCGCCGAGUCUAGUAUCCUCUUCCACCUCGUCUGCUGUCCUCUUUCCGCCUCGCCUGCUAUCCUCUUUCCACCUCACCUGCUAUCCUCUUUCCGCCUCACCUGCUAUCCUCUUUCCGCCUCACCUGCUAUCCUCUUUCCGCCGAGCCUGGUAUCCUCUUUCCGCCUCGCCUGCUUUAUCCUCUUUCCGCCUCACCUGCUAUCCUCUUUCCGCCGAGCCUGUUAUCCUCUUUCCGCCGAGCCUGGUAUCCUCUUUCCGCCUCGCCUGCUAUCCUCUUUCCGCCUCACCUGCUAUCCUCUUUUCCGCCUCACCUGCAAUCCUCUUUUCCUUGAGUCUAGUAUCCUCUUUCCACCUCGUCUGCUGUCCUCUUUCCGCCUCGCCUGCUAUCCUCUUUCCACCUCACCUGCUAUCCUCUUUCCGCCUCACCUGCUAUCCUCUUUCCGCCGAGCCUGGUAUCCUCUUUCCGCCUCGCCUGCUAUCCUCUUUCCGCCUCACCUGCUAUCCUCUUUCCGCCUCACCUGCUAUCCUCUUUCCGCCUCACCUGCUAUCCUCUUUCCGCCGAGCCUGGUAUCCUCUUUCCGCCUCGCCUGCUAUCCUCUUUCCGCCUCACCUGCUAUCCUCUUUCCGCCUCACCUGCAAUCCUCUUUUCGCCGAGUCUAGUAUCCUCUUUCCACCUCGUCUGCUGUCCUCUUUCCGCCUCGCCUGCUAUCCUCUUCCCACCUCACCUGCAUCCUCUUUCCGCCUCACCUGCUAUCCUCUUUCCGCCUCACCUGCUAUCCUCUUUCCGCCUCACCUGCUAUCCUCUUUCCGCCUCACCUGCUAUCCUCUUUCCGCCUCACCUGCUAUCCUCUUUCCACCUCACCUGCUAUCCUCUUUCCGCCUCACCUGCUAUCCUCUUUCCGCCGAGCCUGGUAUCCUCUUUCCGCCUCGCCUGCUAUCCUCUUUCCGCCUCACCUGCUAUCCUCUUUCCGCCUCACCUGCUAUCCUCUUUCCGCCUCACCUGCUAUCCUCUUUCCCGCCGAGCCUGGUAUCCUCUUUCCCGCCUCGCCUGCUAUCCUCUUUCCGCCUCACCUGCUAUCCUCUUUCCGCCUCACCUGCAAUCCUCUUUUCGCCGAGUCUAGUAUCCUCUUUCCACCUCGUCUGCUGUCCUCUUUCCGCCUCGCCUGCUAUCCUCUUUCCACCUCACCUGCUAUCCUCUUUCCGCCUCACCUGCUAUCCUCUUUCCGCCUCACCUGCUAUCCUCUUUCCGCCGAGCCUGGUAUCCUCUUUCCGCCUCGCCUGCUAUCCCUUCGCCUCACCUGCUAUCCUCUUUCCGCCUCACCUGCUAUCCUCUUUCCGCCUCACCUGCUAUCCUCUUUCCGCCGAGCCUGGUAUCCUCUUUCCGCCUCGCCUGCUAUCCUCUUUCCGCCUCACCUGCUAUCCUCUUUCCGCCUCACCUGCUAUCCUCUUUCCGCCGAGCCUGUUAUCCUCUUUCCGCCGAGCCUGGUAUCCUCUUUCCGCCUCGCCUGCUAUCCUCUUUCCGCCUCACCUGCUAUCUUCUUUCCGCCUCACCUGCUAUCCUCUUUCCGCCGAGCCUGUUAUCCUCUUUCCGCCGAGCCUGGUAUCCUCUUUCCGCCUCGCCUGCUAUCCUCUUUCCGCCUCACCUGCUAUCCUCUUUCCGCCGAGCCUGUUAUCCUCUUUCCGCCUCACCUGCUAUCCUCUUUCCGCCUCACCUGCUAUCCUCUUUCCGCCGAGCCUGGUAUCCUCUUUCCGCCUCACCUGCUAUCCUCUUUCCCUCACCUGCUAUCCUCUUUCCGCCUCACCUGCUAUCCUCUUUCCGCCGAGCCUGUUAUCCUCUUUCCGCCGAGCCUGGUAUCCUCCCCCGCCUCGCCUGCAUCUUCUUUCCGCCUCACCUGCUAUCCUCUUUCCGCCGAGCCUGUUAUCCUCUUUCCGCCGAGCCUGUUAUCCUCUUUCCGCCUCACCUGCUAUCCUCUUUCCGCCGAGCCUGGUAUCCUCUUUCCGCCUCGCCUGCUAUCCUCUUUCCGCCUCACCUGCUAUCCUCUUUCCGCCGAGCCUGUUAUCCUCUUUCCACCUGCUAUCCUCUUUCCGCCUCACCUGCUAUCCUCUUUUCCGCCGAGCCUGGUAUCCUCUUUCCGCCUCACCUGCUAUCCUCUUUCCGCCUCACCUGCUAUCCUCUUUUCCGCCUCACCUGCUAUCCUCUUUCCGCCGAGCCUGUUAUCCUCUUUCCGCCGAGCCUGGUAUCCUCUUGCCGCCUCGCCUGCUAUCUUCUUUCCGCCUCACCUGCUAUCCUCUUUCCGCCGAGCCUGUUAUCCUCUUUCCGCCUCGCCUGCUAUCCUCUUUCCGCCUCACCUGCUAUCCUCUUUCCGCCGAGCCUGGUAUCCUCUUUCCGCCGAGCCUGGUAUCCUCUUUCCGCCUCGCCUGCUAUCCUCUUUCCGCCUCACCUGCUAUCCUCUUUCCGCCGAGCCUGUUAUCCUCUUUCCGCCGAGCCUGGUAUCCUCUUUUCCGCCUCGCCUGCUAUCCUCUUUCCGCCUCACCUGCUAUCCUCUUUCCGCCGAGCCUGUUAUCCUCUUUCCGCCGAGCCCUGUAUCCUCUUUCCACCUCGUCUGCUGUCCUCUUUCCGCCUCGCCUGCUAUCCUCUUUCCACCUCACCUGCUAUCCUCUUUCCGCCUCAACUGCUAUCCUCUUUCCGCUGAGCCUGGUAUCCUCUUUCUGCCGAGCCUGCUAUCCUCUUCCGACGCAGCGUUUGGCAACCACUGCUCUAGAUGCUCUUAGUACGUGA